CUUGUGCCCCCUGACUCACCAGGUCCUGCUGGAUGACAUUUGAUGUUGAAAGGGUGUCUCCAUUUCAGCUGCUCACUACCCUUCCACCUCCCUCUUGUUUCAACACCUUCCUCUGCACUGACUUUUCCCUAAGUCCCAGAAGGGGCCAGAGUCCGAGAAGCCAGCUGCCCAGAAAAGCUGCAGAUCUGACACCGUCUAGAGGACAGGACCUUCCGACAGAGCUUUCCUCUGCUCCCUCCAGGAUGACCUUGUGGUAGACCCCAGAACUGAGGCCCCAGGAUGGCGGAACCUGAGACCCUGUCCCUGCUGGAAAUGAAGGGGCCCGAGACGCCCAAGAGCCCACCUCAGGCUUUGGUCCCCAAUGGCCGGCAGCCAGAGGGGGAAUGCGGAACCGAGUCCCCUGGAGCUGAGUCCCUCAGAGCCGAGUCUGCAGUUGGCUCUCCCACGGCCAGAGAUGGAACUGAAGAUGGUCUAGACAGUACCGUAAGUGAGGCUGCCACCUUGCCCUGGGGGACUGAUCCCCAGCCCAGUGCCCCGUUCCCGGAUCCCCCUGGCUGGAAGGUCAUCGAACCAGAGCCUCUGGAGUGCGAGCCACUUACCAAGCCAGAGGAGCCACCUGACGAUGAUGCCAACCUGCUCCCUGAGAAGGCGGCCCGGGCCUUUGUGCCCAUCGACUUACAGUGCAUUGAGAAGCGGCCCCAGGAGGACCUCAUUGUGCGCUGUGAGGCGAGCGAGGACAAGCGCCAGGCCUUCCUGCCCACCCGGGCCACCCACCCAGAGCCCCUUGAGCGAAAGUGGGCGGAGGCCGUUGUGAGGCCGCCUGGCCGAUCCUGUGGGGGCUGCGGGAGCUGUGGAGGCCGCGAGGGGAUAAGGGCGGUGGCCUCCGUGGGAGCGGCCCUCAUCCUCUUCCCCUGCCUUCUGUAUGGGGCCUAUGCCUUCCUGCCCUUUGAUGCCCCACGGCUGCCCACCCUGAGUUCCCGCCUGGUCUACACACUGCGCUGCGGGGUCUUUGCCACCUUCCCCAUUGUGCUGGGGCUCCUGGUGUACGGGCUGAGCCUGUUGUGCUUUUCCGCCCUCCGGCCCUUUGGAGAGCCCAGGCGGGAGGUGGAGAUCCACCGGCGGUACGUGGCCCAGUCCGUCCAGCUCUUCAUCCUGUACUUCUUCAACCUGGCCGUGCUGUCCACCUACCUGCCCCAGGACACCCUCAAGCUGCUCCCUCUGCUCACCGGUCUCUUUGCCAUCUCCCGGCUGAUAUACUGGCUGACCUUCGCCGUGGGCCGCUCCUUCCGAGGCUUCGGCUACGGCCUGACGUUCCUGCCGCUGCUGGCCAUGCUGGUGUGGAACCUCUACUACAUGUUCGUGGUGGAGCCAGAGCGCAUGCUCACUGCCUCCGAGAGCCGCCUGGACUACCCCGACCACGCCCGCUCCGUCUCCGACUACAGGCCGCGGCCCUGGGGCUGAGCGAGCCGCCCGCCCGCAUGCUUUUCUGAACCCAGCUACGGGCCUGGGCUUUGUCCCCAGCCCUGGGACCUUUGUGGGAGGAACCAGAGCCUCGAUUAACCCUUGCUCCCUCUUAGCCGCUGUUGUCCUUCACCUCUGAGGCUUGGCACCGCCAUCAAGGAGGGACUUUUCUUGCAGGGAAACAGGUGGACAGCCUUGUCCCUUGAGGAUGCUGAGGACACAUGGUCCAGAGGCAUGGUUCCUUCCUGAGCAAUCUCCUACUGCCAUUAGGGCUCCCUAAGGCUGGACUCUGUCCCGCUCCCCAGCUCUGUGAGGCAGGAGGCAGAGCCAGAGCCAAACCCUGACUCUUUCUGUGCCAGUUGGACCAUGGGAGGAACUCAAGGAGGAUGGAGAAACCGCUGUGCCCAAGGAAGAGGCUGCAUCAGACCAAAUGAGGACUUUCACAUUUGGUGAAAUUCUUGGGGUCCUGGGUUUGGGACUGGUCUUAAAGGCUUGUUAGUCUCAAAACUAUUCUAGCCGCCCCCAUCCAGAGCUACUGCCUCCUCCCUUACAACCUAGGUACACCCCUGUAACUUUCCACCUCCAAACAUUCCAGAUGUCACACUACCCACGGGAAGAGGGGUCAGGGAAAUCUGGCUCCCAAGAGGAGUGUGUGUACCCACAUGUGUGGUGGCUGGGGAGUGGUUGGAAGGCACAAUGGUGCAAGUGUUUGUGUAUGUGUGUGUGUGAGACAGAGUUGCUUUCAGUUACUUUCCAAAUACCACCCCUGCAUUGGCUCUUUCUUCCUAUUUGUCCCUCCCCUGCCCAAUCCCAGGUAUCCCUUCCUUAUUUGAUUCAGACAGCACCAGAAACCUUCUGGGUCCACCUGGUACGCAGCUGGCAGGAGCUGUGGUUCCACAUGGAGGGAGAGAACCAGACCUGGUGGAAAUGGGGU